AUGCGUCGCGCUGCUUUGACAGCGCUGGUAGCCGUCGCCACCGCCACCGCGAGCAAUGGCAGAGGCUGGUGUGGUACCGAGCCUGCGACUCAGGAAUAUCGAUCGACCUUGCGAGCACUAGCAGCCCAGGAGAAGGAGAAGAGAGGUGCUGCCAACGAGACUGCCGCCGAAGUCAUCGAUAUCCCCGUGUACAUACACGCGCGGGUCAACACGACCGAGCCGGACGCCGUGCUGAGCGAGCAGGUCCUCCAGGCGCAGUUUGCUGUGCUCGUUGACCGCUUCGCGCCCUACGGCAUCAGCUUCACGCUCAAGGGGACCGACCGGCUCGCGGACGACACCCUCUCGAAGGGCUCGGACGUAUAUGAUUGGACCGGCCACCGCGUGUCGACGCGCCGGGGCGGGUACGACACGCUGAACAUCUGGAUCGCGUCCGGCAUGGACCAGAGUGUCGGCGGUUCCUGCAGCUUGCCCGGCGAGGGCGUCACGCCGGGCUCUUUCUUGGCGCUCCUCGACGGCUGCACGCUUAACGGGUAUACCAUGCCCGGGAGUAUGGUGAACGGCACCGAGUACCUCGGCGAGGUCGCGGUACAUGAGGUCGGGCACUGGCUUGGUCUGCUGCACACGUUUGAUGGUGAAGACUGCGACGGGGAGGGCGACUCGAUUGAUGACACGCCAGCGGAGGGGAGCUUUGAGUUCAUGGCGUGCCCUGUCGGCAAGGACACGUGCCCCGAUCAGCCAGGACUGGAUCCAAUCGAUAACUUCAUGGACUAUUCAGGAGACGGAUGCUGGAAUAAGUUUACCGAGGGACAAAAGCAGAGGAUGCACCAGGCUUGGCACACAAUGAGGACAAUCUGA